UGAGGUGUGAGUAGCUAUUGUUGCCAUGUGUAUGCUUUUUUCCCCUCGUUGCACAUUGAAGUUAUUACAAAGACUCGUCUCUAACCGAGAAAUUGAUUCUGAAAGCUUCGCUUACAAAAUUUGGUAACACUGAAUUCGAUUGAAUCAUCCAUCAUCUAAUCAAAUGAAGACAAUCAUCUCGCGCUUGAUUCAUUCCUCAUCAUCCUCCAUUUCCAGACUCAAUGCAAUGGCUGUGUCGAUUAACGGGAGAAGUUUCUGUACGGAUUCUAACAAGAUUGAUGAGCCCUUUAAAGUUGAAGAAGCUGAGACUGUGCCCCCACCUCCAACUGAGAAGUUGCUUGUGCUGGGAGGCAAUGGAUUUGUUGGAUCACAUGUUUGUAGAGAAGCCUUAAAUCAUGGUUUGUCUGUUGCAAGUCUUAGCAGGUCUGGCAAGUCAUCCCUGCACGACUCCUGGGCUACAAAUGUCAUCUGGUAUAAAGGGAAUCUCCUUUCAACUGAAUCAUUGAAAGAGGCUCUGAAUGGGGUCACUGCUGUUAUCUCAUGUGUUGGCGGUUUUGGCUCCAACUCUUCCAUGUACAAAAUUAAUGGAACUGCCAACAUCAAUGCAAUUAGAGCAGCUUCAGAGCAAGGGGUUAAAAGAUUCAUCUAUAUCUCUGCUGCUGACUUUGGUGUAGUAAAUUACUUGCUGCAGGGGUAUUAUGAAGGAAAGAGAGCUGCUGAAACUGAGCUUCUGACCAAAUUUCCUUACGGAGGAAUAAUUCUGAGGCCAGGGUUUAUUUAUGGGACUCGAAGUGUUGGGAGUAUGAAGAUACCUCUUGGCAUAGUUGGAUCUCCGUUAGAGAUGGUUCUCCAACAUACUACAGCAUUGACCCAGAUCCCACUUGUUGGGCCUUUAUUGACACCUCCUGUCAAUGUUACUGCGGUGGCUAAAGUUGCUGUUAGAGCUGCUACCGAUCCUGUUUUCCCUCCCGGAAUCAUAGAUGUCCAUGGAAUACAACGUUACAGUCAGAAUAAAUCAAAGUAGAAUUAGCUUUAUUGGUUUCUUGGGUAAAUCUGAUAGGAGGCAAUUUAUCUAUGGAAUAUCCUUUUUACUAUAGUUAAGAGAAUAUUUCUCCAUGCCAUUUCUUGAGUGAAUAAUAUCUGAAAGUACGUGUAUGUAACCAAAGAUCGUUCUUUACUAUUUCCACAAUAUUAAUGUCAGAAUAUUUUUUCCCCCCGAUAA